UAACGUUCGAGAAUAGCCUGGCCCCAUCUUCUUCCCCUGUUUCUUCUUCGCCAGCGGCGGCGGGCCGAUUCUGAAUCAUCUGCGGGGGUGUGUGGUUCUGCGUCGACGGCCAGCUCCGUGGGGCACAUCCCGCGGCAUCAUCUCCGUGCGGCGAACUUAUUUGUGUUGCGGCGGCGAGCGCAUCCCUCCCCUCCCCCCACUGGCGCAUCGCCUGACCUUUGUUCCCUCCUUCUAGUGGGCGCCGAGAACUCAACAAUACGACGGUCGAUUCUAUUCCUAGUCAAGGGGAGUGAGGUCGACCUGUGUGAAUGGAUUUCCCACUGGAUCCAGUCAGCAGUUUACCAAUAUAUGCAGCGUGCACAGCUGACGCAGCAGUCGUGAGCUUGCACGGGGGCGACUCUGCCAGCAGCAACGCUGGCCCCGCGGCCGCCGGUGCGUCGAUGCUGGAGGAACUGAUGGAUGGGGCUAGUGUGGGCGACGUGGCAAGCCCCAUGGGAGGCGCGGACUGCCCGGACUCUGCGCAGUCAACGGGUCUGGACAAUCCCCAGUCGGCUGGGUGGACGAAGAGGGUCCGUGUCGGGCGCGCACCUCCAGAUAGAACACAUUGCGCGGCCCGACAGAGUGCGCUGGAAAAAUCAGUCAGGUGUUUUGCGGAGAAACUAGGAGACGAGGUCAUAGAUCCGUGCCUCGGUACAACGUUUGACUCUAUAAGUGAGGCAUACGAUUUCUAUAAUCUAUAUUCAUGGGAACAUGGCUUCGGUAUAAGAUAUGGAAAGAGCCGGUUAAAUUCACAGAAGACAAAAUGCAUGCAGGAGAUUGUCUGUGGCUGCUCGGGGAAGCCUACUGGUGAAAAUACGAGAUCUUGCUGAUGUGAAUGUCCUGCUAUGAUUCGGCUCCUGAGAUCUACCGACAAUGGUUGGUACAUUACUGAGCAUAGGGUGACUCACAACCAUGUGCUGACAGAGACGUGUGGUGAGACCGCUUUCUGGCCAUCACACAGGCACAUCGACAUGUUCACCAAGGACCUGGUGAGACAGCUUAGGGACAACAACAUUAACCUUGGUAAGGUGUACAGCAUAAUCGGGAGUUUUUUUGGAAGUGUGGACAACCUACCGUUCACGAAGAGGUCUUUGCGAAAUUUGUGUGGCCAAAUAAGCAGGGAGGAGGCAGAUGACGAUGUCAGGAAAACAAUUGAAGUCUUCGACCAGAUAGGUGCAAAGGACCCAGAUUUUGUUUUCAGAGUUCAAGCUGACUCUGACACCAGGAUCAAGAACUUGAUGUGGACAACGGGUUCUGGCCGACUGAAUUACAAGUAUUUUGGGGACGUCGUUACCUUUGACACGACCUACAAGACCAACUUGUAUGACAUGCCAUUCGGUUUGUUCGUUGGGGUCAACAAUCAUUUCCAGAGCAUUAUCCUAGCCGGUGUUAUGGUGAGAGAUGAGCAAGCAGCUAGUUUUGAAUGGGUGUUCUCAGAGUUUGUCCGCAUGAUGGGAGGUGUUGCACCGAAAACAAUACUGACAGAUCAAUGCCGCGCGAUGGAGGUAGCCAUACAGAAAGUCUUGCCGGGCACAGCGCACCGUUGGUGCAAGUGGCAUGUGCUGAAGAAAGCGAAGGAGUCGCUUGGUCCGUUAUUCACUAGGCGGCAUGCUUUUCGAGCUGAAUUCAACAAAGUGGUAAAUCACAUGUUGACGAUAGAUGAGUUUGAGGAUGCAUGGGAUGUGUUACUUGAGAAGUACCACCUUAGAGAGCAUGCAUACAUGACACAGUUGUAUGAGGUGCGACAGAAAUGGGCCAAGCCUUAUUUUAAGGGUAUUUUCUGUGCAAAGAUGACUAGUACUCAAAGGAGUGAGAGUGCGAACAGUAUGCUGAAGAAGUAUAUACCCAAGGGGUGUUCCAUGCACAUGUUUGUGCGGCAGUACAUGCGUCUGCUAUAUGAUCGAGAAUCAGAUGAGAACUACCAGGAGAAGCGAACAAAAGUUAGUGGGGCGGUUGUGCGAUACAACUUCACAAUCGAGAGACAUGCCAGUAAAAUAUAUACAAUGUCAAUGUUUGAGCAAUUUGGGAAGAUGAUAUUUGAAGCAUGUGCGUACAGGGUAGAGGAGGUGGAAAAAAACAAGUUGUACAGAACAACUCACACAGACGCGGCCCGGCGGGAGAAGUGGAGCAGGGUUGUAUUUGUCGUGAAGAUGCUGGAUGAUGGGGCGGAAUUCGACUGCGAGUGUGGGAUGUUCGCGCACAUGGGAAUGCUUUGUGGGCAUGCUUUGAAGGUGAUGGACUAUGUUGGAAUAACAGAGAUACCCAUCAAACAUGUCAUGAAGAGAUGGACCAGGGACGCAAGGGAUGUGCUGCCGGAGCAUCUGCGGCACUACCAGCGUGACCACGCCGCAGGUAAAAAUUUCACGAAGCGGCAUUCAACUCUGUACAUACAGGCAAUGGAGCUGGUUAGGCUUGGUGAUACAAGCGCCACAGCUUAUGAGAAGUUAUCCGGUAUGUUCAAGGAAAUACUAACUGUUAUGGCUCCUUUUGAGGAGACUAGGGAUGGACUUGGGUUGGAAGACAGGCCCACUGUCAGCGGAAAAGACGGCAAGAGGAAGGGAGACGAAUGUUCAGUUGAGGGAAGUGUUUCAGUCUCUGAGCAUCUUAUGGCUGGGAUGACAGCACCGAGUAAGAAGCAGAAAGCUGGGAGGCCAACCAGCAGUCGUGACAGGGCACCGUACGAGGGAUGUAGCAAGAGAACAAGGUUUUGCAGCAUCUACAAGCGGCCCGGUCACAAAAGAACAACUUGCCCGGACAGGGGUGAUGAGCCAAAGCUCCCCAGGAAGUAUGGUAGAUGCAGUAUCUGUGGGGUGGCUGGGCAUCGCAAGAGCACCUGCGUGAAGCCACUAGAGCUUUGAGUGUUCGAUUUGCGGGUCAGGCGUGGUGGAAACCUAGCAUGUGUCUGUAUGUGUAUCACAAGAUUUGUGCUGUGCAUGAAUUGUUCCUGAAUUUGGCUGUUCCUUGUUUAAGUACUGAACUGUAUGUUGUCUGUCGACUUGUCAAACUUUGGUUCUCUC